CAUGAGUCUCCAAGCUACAUAUUCCCAUCCUUUUGAAACAUACAAAUCACUUCUCCUCACGUUAAACAUCUCAUUAUAUACUCCUUGUUGCUCUCUACAUCCAUAUUCCAGCAAGUUAUUCUUACAGCCAUCAUGACCUAUACUGAAAACACCAACGUCGUCAUCGUCGGAGCCGGUAUCUUUGGUAUGUCCACUGCUUUGUGGAUGCUUGAAACCGGAAAAUACUCUGUCACCCUCUUGGACAAAUCUGAGGUUUUGCCUGCUCCUGACGCUGCUAGUACGGAUAUCAACAAGAUCAUUCGAGCUGCUGACUACAAGGACCCUCUUAUUGCCGCUCUUGCUCUCGAUGCCGUCGAGCACUGGCGCAAGCCUGAGUGGGAAGGCACGUACCACGAAUGUGGAGUCGUCGCUCUUUCUGCUACCCAUGAGAAGGAGGGUAUGGAGUUUAUAGACUGUGCGUACAAGAACUGUCGCGACCUUGGCCUCGACGUUACCCUUCUUCCCGAUGCGACUGCUAUCAAGCCUGUCGUUGACCGUAAUAAUGCCUUUCCCACUGGCUCUUUCGGCGGCAGGCAAGGUUAUAUUAACCCCAUCGGUGGUUGGGGUGAGGCUGGUAGGGCUGUUGAGGUUGGUCUCACGAGGGCAAAAAAGCUCGGUGCUAUUGUUAGAGCUGGUUCCGAGGUUAUUGGUUUGAUCAAGGACGGCAAGAACGUCAAGGGAGUCGAGUUAAAGAGCGGUGAGAAGAUUUUCUGUGACUUAGUUGUUGUCGCCGCGGGUGCUUGGACUCCUAAGCUUUUUGCUUCUCCUGCCUUUGCUGCUCGUCUCCCGCCUAUCGUGGCUACCGGCCAAAGUGUUGCUAUCCUGCAGCUUACUCCCGAAGAGUCUAAGAAAUACGCCAAGGUCCCCGUUGUCUUCAACCUCGAUGAUGGAUGGUACAUCUUCCCACCCAACCCCACUGGCCUCAUGAAGAUGGCUAUUCACAGCGCUGGUUACAUCAACCCUGUCGAGGAGAUUAACAACGUUUCCGUCCCUCGAACCAAGCUUACUCCCGGUGCCGAGGAUGGUGCUAUUCCAAAGGUCAUGUUACAGGCCUUGAGAAAAGGUUUGUCUGAGGUUUAUCCUGAUUUGGCCAAGAAGGAUUAUGCUAUGACCCGAUUGUGUUGGUACUGUGACACUGUUACCGGUGACUGGCUCAUCGACUACCACCCUGAUUACAAUAACCUCUUCCUUGCUACUGGUGGAUCCGGUCACGCCUUCAAGUUUGCCAGCAACAUCGGUCGCGAAAUCCUCAGACUCAUCGAGCGUGACUCUUCAUCUGAGUUCAAGGUUCGAUUCUCUUUCAACCCUCCCAAGGAGAUGGUUGAGCCUCCUUCCGAAAAGGGCGACGUUUCUGCUGAACGCACUCAGGUUACCGACACUGGUGCCGACGUGCGAUCUGGUAUGAGAAAGCUCUUGGUGAUCGACGAAUUGAUCCGGCCCGAAGAUUUGAAAGCUUAUUAAUCAGUAUGUGAAGUCAAGUAAAAGUGAAUCUUGUAUUUUGGGCCUGUAUGUAUUGGUGAUUAUCAUGUUUGUCUUGCUUUUACGUCGGCUGAGAAAUUUAAAGAUCAUUAACUUUGUGCUUGACAUUGGUGUCGACUUGCGCUGACGAUUCUGAGAGUAGGUAUUUCUGCAACAUGAAUGGCUCCUGUUUCCUUGACAAAUGACAGCAGAAGUCUAGCUGUCUUAAGACUUUCCAAACUUUCAUCUUUCGGGGACCGCAUACAUAUCAUCGACAACGAAGUAGAGCUAACUAAAAAAGACAACCACAUAAGUAUCGUUAUCGCUGCCUACGUACAACCAUUCAUCCGAGAAACCCAACUACUUUCCAUUACAACCUGGAAUCUAUUUUAGCGCCUGCGGGAAAUUGGGAUAAUCAGGAUGGUAACUUGCAGUUGACUCAAUUGGGAAUGAUAAUCUUCUCUUUGCCGAUGUGCACUCCUUCAACAUCAUUCGCCAAGGCCUCAUCCGCAUUUCUUGAUUCCUUGUCCUCUGCACUAGGUACAUCAAGACCCGGGUUACACUAGCAGGAUAAGA